AUGGCUUCCUCGUCGACGUCGAGUGCUUCCGACUUCCCGACCCCGCUCUCUCUCCCUCUCUCUGCGGACGCACUCGUAUCAAUAAAUGAAUAUCUCAGCACGCUGUCACCACAGGAUAUUUUAAAAUGGGCUCUCGUUCACCUACCGAACCUCUCGCAAACAACGGCUUUUGGCCUAACAGGUCUUGUAGCCAUCGACAUGCUUUCCAAAAUCGCAGACCCUGCUGAUCGCCCACCCCUCAUAUUCCUGGAUACAUUGUAUCAUUUCCCGGAGACUUACGAACUGGUUGAGGAUGUCAAGCGACGCUAUAACGUACUAGUGCACGUCUUCAAGCCCGAUGGAUGUGAAACGGUGCAAGAUUUCGAACAAAAGUAUGGGGAACGCUUCUGGGAGCUGGACGAAAACAGUUACGAUUACCUCGUAAAAGUUGAACCCGCCCGGAAAGCCUAUCAAGAACUCAACGUACAAUCUGCCAUCACUGGCCGUCGAGCAUCCCAAGGUGGCGCACGCGCUUCCCUCCCUCCUCUUGAAGUGGACAACACCGGUCUUCUCAAACUCAACCCUCUUUUCGCUUGGUCCUUCAAGGACGUUGAAAAUUAUAUCAAUCAAAACGAUGUUCCGCGCAACAAACUCCUGGCUCAAGAGUAUCGCAGCGUCGGUGACUGGCAUAGCACAUCAAAAGUAGAAGAAGGACAGGAUGAACGUGCAGGUAGAUGGGCUGGAAAGAGCAAGACAGAGUGUGGUCUUCAUGAGGACUACUUCAAGAUGAAAGCACAGGUGGCGAAGGUAGCCCUCGCUGCUUAA